AUGUUGAUGAAAUGGAAAGCAAAGGAAAAUAUUCCAAAGCUUAAACUUGAUCUUACAGUGAUAAGAGAGGAAGAUCCUGAAAAUAAUGCAGAUGACAUCAACAAUCAAAGUACGAUGAGAGGAAUUAUGUCUGAAAGAACAAGCUUUGAAAUCGGUUUCAGUUCAAGAUUCAAUAAUGCAUUAAAUUAAAAAAGAAAGCAAAAUUGGGAUAUAGGCAUUUCAAUCACCAUUCCAUAGAAAAUCUCCAUUUAAUUCGACAAGUAGCUUAGAAAACAUUUUAAAAUCCAAUGUGAGAAUUAAGCCUUUGAGAAAUCAUGA